CGGACACUAACGAGUUCAAAUCAAGAACUCGAGUCACAGAGAUUUUGUGCUUUUUAUAUAGUUAAAUAACCGACAAGGGCGAAAACUUGGGUAUUUAUAUAAGUUUUUGGGUUGGCGAUCCAAGAAAAAAUGGCAGGAGGAGCAUUUGUAGAUCAAGGUCCGGUUCGAGAAUAUAAUUAUCGAUUGACACCGAAAGUGUUCGUAACAUGUUUCGUUGGAGCAUUCGGCGGUCUGAUUUUCGGAUACGAUCUUGGAAUUUCGGGAGGGGUAACGUCGAUGAAACCGUUCUUGAAGGAGUUCUUCCCUCACGUGUACCACAAGAUGGAGAAUGCGCACGAGAACGAAUACUGCCGAUUCGAUAGUGAGCUCCUGACGCUCUUCACUUCGUCUCUAUACCUCGCCGCUCUGGUCUCCUCGUUCUUCGCCUCGACGGUGACUAGGGUUUUCGGCCGAAAAUGGUCCAUGUUCCUCGGAGGACUCAUCUUCUUGCUCGGCUCCGCCUUCAAUGGCUUCGCUAAGAACGUCGCUAUGCUUCUGAUCGGCCGUAUACUCCUCGGUUUCGGCAUCGGAUUCGCUAAUCAGUCUGUACCGGUUUAUCUAUCUGAAAUGGCUCCGCCGAAUCUUAGAGGAGCUUUCAACAUCGGAUUCCAAGUUGCGAUUAUCUUCGGAAUCGUCGUUGCAACGAUCAUCAAUUACUUCACGGCUCAAAUCAAAGGAGGAUACGGAUGGAGGAUCUCUCUCGGACUCGCUUGCGUGCCCGCGAUCAUGAUCAUGGUCGGAGCUCUCAUUCUUCCCGACACUCCGAACUCGCUCAUCGAGAGAGGUCACACCGAGAAGGCGAGAGAAAUGCUGCGGCAGAUCCGUGGAACCGAGCACGUCGAGGAGGAAUUCCAAGACCUUAUCUACGCGAGCGAGGUCGCUAAACAAGUGAAGCAUCCAUGGAAGAACAUCAUGCUUCCUCGAUACCGACCUCAACUCAUCAUCACUUUCUUCAUUCCCUUCUUCCAACAACUAACCGGGAUCAACGUUAUCACGUUCUACGCCCCCGUCCUGUUUCAGACGCUCGGGUUCGGUAACAAAGCUGCUCUUUUCUCUGCCAUGGUCACGGGAAUUAUCGAGCUCUUGUGCACCUUUGUCUCUGUCUUCACGGUGGAUAGGUAUGGAAGGAGAGUGUUGUUCCUUCAAGGUGGUAUCCAGAUGCUUAUCACUCAGAUCGCGAUUGGAGCACUUAUCGGUGUGAAGUUUGGAGUCACGGGAACGGGAAACAUCGGGAAAACGGAUGCUAAUUUGAUAGUGGCAUUGAUAUGCAUAUACGUUGCGGGUUUCGCCUGGUCGUGGGGACCCCUCGGGUGGCUAGUUCCGAGCGAGAUCAGUCCUCUAGAGAUCCGAUCAGCUGCUCAAGCCAUCAAUGUGGCUGUGAACAUGUUCUUCACUUUCCUCGUGGCUCAACUCUUCCUCACAAUGCUUUGCCAUUUGAAAUUCGGGUUAUUCUUCUUCUUCGCGGUCUUCGUCCUCAUCAUGACGAUCUUCAUGUACUUCCUCUUACCCGAGACGAAAAACAUGCCAAUUGAAGAGAUGAAUAGAGUUUGGAAGGCUCACUGGUUCUGGGGAAGGUUCAUUCCCGACGAAGCUGUCUCCGUCGGGUCGGCCGAGAUGCAAGAAAAGACGGUAUGAAGAGCGGUUUUCUCGUGGCGGAAACCGCCGGAAAACAGAAGGAAUCGUUGAGCGGAAUGUGAUAUAUGAAUGAGUGAUAUUGUCUGUGUUGUUCCUCUGCAGUCAGAGACAAGAUAGCUUCAACUUCUGUUCUUCUCACUGUUGUCUCAUGUUGUUGUUUGCAAAUGUG